AUGAUCAAUCGAUCCUCAAGACUGACCCGACCGAUUAUUCCGAUCAAACAGAUCCAAUCGAAGACUAUCCUGAUCGGCUUCAACAAGCAACCAAAAAAUCAUUACCUAUCAACAACGACUAAUGAGCAAGUCAAACCAAAUGUCACAGUCGUCCGUGGAACUGGAACCAAGAAACAAUCAUCACCUUCUACAUCUUCUACAUCGAUCCAAAAAGCAUUCCAAGAAUCAAUCAAAUUCCUUAAAGAAGACUCCGAACGACUUCAACAAAAAUUGAAAGAAGAACAAACUUCGGCAGAUUCUCAGCAACAACCAGAAGAGAUCGAACGGCUUGAAAUAUUGAGCGAGAUUAAUGAUGUUCAAGUUCGGAAGAAUCAUCAUCUCGGUCAACAGAUCGAUAUGUCUAAACCUAUUUAUCGGUUUUUGGAACAACAACGGUGGAGGAAAGAAGGCCAAUUAGGCCGUCUUAUGGAAACGAUUCAUAAGUUAAGGAUCUUUCCAGAUGUAUAUCCAUCAAUAAAUCCAACAGUCAACCUAAAAGUAAAGUAUGAAGAUACGUAUAUAUCGACUGAGAAACGGUUAAUCAACGUUGGAAAUUUCGUCCCCAGUUCCAAAUCUAUGGACCCACCGGUGAUUCAAGCCCAAGUUUUCCAUCCAGAGCCAAGACUUUAUACCCUCGUUAUGGUCGAUCCAGAUGUACCUGACCCUCGAAACCAUUCAUUCACUACUUUCCUGCAUUGGCUUAGAGCGAAUGUGUCUAUUUCAGCAACAACAAAUGAAGAUUUAGACUUGAAGACAAUGAAAGAAUCAGAAGAAGAGAUAAAAUACAUAGGACCACAUCCAGCAGAAGGGUCAGGAACGCACCGUUACACGAUCAUGUUAUUUGAACAAACCGGGCCGAUCGACUUGAAAGAGCAUUCCGACAUCCUGGGUCGACCUGGGUUCUCAUUACGUCGAUUCAGUUCCCAAAUCGGUCUUAAACCCGCGGGCGUUAUGGCCUGGAUCAGUCAAUGGCAUAAACGUGAUGCUCAAGCUAUUAGCUCAAUCUAUCGGGACCAACUACAGAUCCAUGAGCCUAGAUAUGGGAAAGAACCUAAACCAUACUCAGACCGGAUCAAAUUACCUUCUCAUACUCCUUUACCUCUCACUCAUCGUCAUCCUUCUGUCAUUCCUUGGCGCCAAAAAAUCUCUUCCUCUAACUCUGAUCCAACUCUAUCCACUUAG